UAAUAAAUCGCCUGAGGUAUAGCCACCAGCUUCACAUAUAUUAGGAGUCACUGCCUUCACUGGGAUUAGGGUUUUCACAGCCGCUUUAAAGCUAUCUCCUCUUGCUUGCUGCGAAUACCUCUUUGCUGUUGAUCUUCUCCUCCAUCUACAAACAUGGGUAAGACAAGGGGUAUGGGAGCUGGGCGCAAGCUCAAGAGACUUCGGAUUAACCAGAGGUGGGCAGACAAGCAGUACAAGAAGUCUCACCUUGGAAAUGAAUGGAAGAAGCCUUUCGCUGGAUCAUCUCACGCCAAAGGAAUCGUACUCGAGAAAAUCGGUAUUGAGGCUAAGCAGCCUAACUCUGCUAUCCGUAAGUGUGCCAGAGUUCAGCUCAUCAAGAACGGAAAGAAGAUUGCUGCUUUUGUCCCCAACGAUGGUUGUUUGAACUACAUCGAGGAAAACGACGAGGUCUUGAUUGCUGGAUUCGGUCGUAAGGGUCAUGCCGUCGGAGAUAUUCCCGGAGUUAGGUUCAAGGUCGUGAAGGUGUCUGGAGUUUCACUCUUGGCCCUCUUCAAGGAAAAGAAGGAGAAGCCAAGAUCUUAAACAAGGCGUCAGACUUUUGAAACUUAUUUUGAUGUUAUAAGCACCUUUUGGUAGUUCAAUCAAAAAGAACUCUUUGUGUUCUGUUCUAUUCUACUUUAAGAUUCAAAACUUGCUGUGUUACCGUUUUUUUAUGAAUUUUGAGUUUAGUCCCGAUCUUAUAUACUUUUGAAAUAGUUUCUAUCUUAUGAUCAGUGGUUUUUCUG